UGUGGCGGUGAGUUGGGAUUCCGAGGAUUAUUGCUGGAGGUAAGACGGACACUGCUCAUCGGCUGGGUGCAAAAGCGUUAGGCUGCCAAUCGAACGACUGGGAUGUUGCACGAAACUCACGAUGGACACGGCAAUUCUGAAGCCUACGAUUACUCUGUUACCUAUUUGUUGCCACUCCCACGCCCCCGGAGUAUUAGCCGGCAGCGGCCUCGGUGGCGGAAGUGGUCUCCCGUUCUCGAGGUCACGCAGUUCAUCGAUCUGUGGCAUGGUGCCCUCAACGAGAUCUCCUACUCUCUGAGGACAGUAGAUGGUCUCCAGUUUCAUCACUGCCUGUCUCCGUCGCCCGACUCACUUCGCAAUCGUGGCGCGUGUCAGAUCCAGAGGACUGGAAAUCUUCUCCGGCCUGUACGUCUCGAUAUGAUUGGCAUGGUCAGCGGCAACGUGUUGAUCCCCUCCAUCUGUCGCUACCGGACGAGUCGUACAACGGAAAGCACGGUGGACAACGGUGGACGCAACUCUGAACACUUUGGGCAGCAUGGUGAGAUUGCGAGAGACAGUAGGGAUGAAGAAGAUCCACGGGGGAGAACAAGAUCAGUCGGUGUGUGCGGACCAGGAAGGGCGAAGUGAUACUUAUAUACGCCACGAUGGAGACGAACACGUGUCCUCUGGUGCGCCGAACUCGUGGAUGCCAAGGUGGAAGAACGAGGAGUGGCAACGCGUGCAGCCACUCGGUACUAGGGAGCUAAGCCUCUCUGGGCAGCUAUGAAUUCGGUCUCCGCGGCUUCGAGGGUAUCGUCACUCCAGGUAGAUAUGUCGCUCUUGGUGGUACACUUCCACCUCAUCUCACUAGUCCUACGGGCUGAGGGAACCUAAGAAUCGCUCUACCUAGCCG